GAAUGAUCUCGAGCCAGCAUUGUGAUUCGGGAGUUGGAGCUGGGAUGGUGAGGAGGUGCUAGUGGACUUGAAACUUGAAAUUUAGUGAAGACUGAGGUUUCUGUCAAUUUUACACUCUCUAGUAACUGCUAGAGUCUGGGGGAAAAAAGGGCAACCAGGGCGAUGGUGUCAGGCAUAAUGGCUCGAUCUUCUCUUCUCUGGCUCGUGCACAUACUCGUGCUCUGUGCUUUGACGACAGUCCACGCACAGAACGACAAGUUCGUGUACAAGUUCAGCUCGGGCGACAUGGUGUGCAAGAAUUCCCAAGCUGGAGUGAGUUGCACAAAUCCUCCUCGUUCCGCCAUGAACACGGCAGGGUUCAGCCCUUCACACCACAACAUCAUCUCUUUCAACGCCGAUGGCAACUACGCUCUAGGAUUCGAGACAGCGACCUCCGGAUCCGUGUACCUUUCUAUAUACUCGUACAACCCCCGCGACAAGUCGGCUGGCCCUUUUAUCUGGAGAGCUGCUACAUCCAGUGGAGUGCAUGUCCAAGUCCCUGCAGCGUCUUCUCUCAAGUUCUCGAAAUCUGGCAACAUCGAGCUCAUAGAUACGAAGGGAGUUGUGCAAUGGACUCCAAUGGCUGCGGGCUUGGGAGUGACCGACUUCCAGUUCAAUUUCCGCAAGCAGUCGAAUGCAAUUGCAGGAAACAUGCUUCUCUACAACCAGGACCGUCAAGUCGUAUGGCAGAGCAUUCCAGACGUGGAGAAGAACUCGUUCAAAUUCGACAUGGAGCACCGCCCUGACAUGGUUUGCACCAACCAGCGCCAAGGAGUGCAAUGCACGCCUCCUCUGGAGUAUCCCAUGCACCCAUCUAAAGGUAGUGACUCUCACAGAAACUUGAUAUCCCUCGACAUUAAUGGCUUGUAUGCGUUGGGCUUCGAGAAGAGCACCCGUGGUUUCCACCUCUCCAUCUAUCCAUGGAGCCCGAUUAGGAACACGGCUGGUCCAGCGAUCUGGAGAGCGGCAACAAGAGGAGCAAAUGUGCUCGUGGAUGAACGCGGCACCUUCACCUUCUCCCACGACGGUGCCCUCGAGCUGAAAGACUCGCACAACAAACUGGUCUGGACUACCAAUACUCAGGGUAAGGCCUCGGACCUGAAUUUCAAUCUCGAUUCUGGCGAACUGCGUUUGUACAAUGUGGGGCGGUCCAUUGUCUGGUCCAGCGCUGAACGCCAUCGAGCCUCGUAGAUUCGAGUCGAUCAGAUUUGAAACAUUGAACUAUUUUCUGCUUUAUAUUCUUCGACUUUUCGCUGAAGUAUUUGCCAAGUGAAAUGUCCAGUUUCUCAAUUCUCUUCAUCGUUAUUGAGGACAAAUCCAAAUAGUGACUUCAUCCGCUUCGUUUUUCAUGUAAGGAAUAGAAGAUGUGUUGAAAACCUAGAGAAGAAGAAUCUUCUCUUUUCACUUACCGAUAUUUCGUGAAUUAGCGGUUUUGAAAGGAACUGAGCACAAGCAUUCGAGAAUCUUUGAUGCAAAUUGGACACUCCUGGUACCAAGGGCUCGUCAUGUGUUGAAUUUUCCUACUUCGUGGCUAAAAUUCUGUGACGGUCAUUUAUUCCACGCUCGCCUGAGUCGUGGUAAAGAAACGAUCGUCACACAGAGUUAAAGCUAUAAGAGAAUAUGAAAGGCUCUGGAUGUGUCAGUGUUCCUCAGCGAGGCUUUUGCGUGAGCAUAGAUUUUGCAGUGACAAGAGCCUGCCUUCAAGAGAGAUACCUCGAAAUAUGAACAACCCUCAGAAGCGACGAACAGCAAUCAAGUGCUUCUUCAUAAGUGCACGUGAUUCUCAGCUCUCAGUAAGUAUGUGCUUGGAUCGAUGGAUCUGAGGCUACUCACCCUGUGACAAGAUAUUUCAGUAUCUGAAUG